AGAGGCUCAGCUGGGGACCCUUGGAAGAGAAGAAGCUCCCGGGGGCCCAGACUCACGCCCAGCACGGCCCCUGACCCACGCUGCCCACCCGCCAGGCGGGAGCCAUGGAUAAGUUCCGCAUGCUUUUCCAGUACUUCCAGUCCAGCUCCGAGUCUGUGAUGAACGGCAUCUGCCUGCUGCUGGCUGCGGCCACCGUCAAGCUGUACUCCUCCUUCGACUUCAACUGCCCCUGCCUGGCACGCUACAACGCCCUCUACGGCCUGGGCCUGCUGCUCACACCGCCGCUCGCCCUUUUCCUCUGCGGCCUCCUUGCCAACCGGCAGACCGUGGUGAUGGUGGAGGAGUGGCGCCGGCCUGCGGGGCACCGGAAGAAGGACCCAGGGAUCAUCAGGUACAUGUGCUCCUCGGUGCUGCAGAGAGCCCUGGCCGCCCCCCUGGUCUGGAUCCUGCUGGCCCUCCUCGACGGGAAGUGCUUUGUGUGUGCCUUCAGCAGCUCCGUGGACCCUGAGAAGUUUCUGGACUUUGCCAACAUGACCCCCAGCCAGGUCCAGUUGUUUCUGGCCAAGGUACCCUGCAAGGAAGACGCGCUGGUCAGGGACAGCCCCGCGAGGAAGGCGGUGUCUCGAUACCUGCGGUGCCUGUCACAGGCCAUGGGCUGGAGUAUCACCCUGCUGCUGAUCGUGGUGGCCUUCCUGGCCCGCUGCCUGAGACCCUGCUUUGACCAGACAAUCUUCCUGCAGCGCAGAUACUGGAGCAACUACGUGGACCUGGAGCAGAAGCUCUUUGACGAGACGUGCUGUGAGCAUGCGCGGGACUUCGCCCACCGCUGCGUGCUGCACUUCUUCGCCAGCAUGCAGAACGAAAUGCAGGCGCGGGGGCUGCAGCGGGGCAAGGCCAGCAGGGGUGCCGAGGCCCCCGAGAUCUCAGAGCCCACCGAGGGAAUGGACGGCGGGAGUGGGAAGGCCUACCUGCGCACAGUCUCCAGCCAGGAGCAGGUGAACCAUCUCCUGAGCACCUGGUACUCCAGCAAACCGCCGCUCGACCUCGCAGCAUCCCCGCGGCUCUGGGGGCGUGGCCUCAGCCACCGCGCCCCCACCGUUGCUCAGGGUACCAAGCUGUCCCAGCGCACAGACGUGUAGGCCCCCCCCCCCCCGACCCCGCAGUGUCCCCACGUCAAGGGUCAGUGCUGACCAGGGUUGGGGCCUUUCCAGGCUGUGGGAACCACAAGGCAAGCCAGCCUAACCCUUGUUGGCCUCCUUCCCCGCAAAUAGCCUAGUUUCUGGGGGUGGCUGCCCCUGUGCUCUAAAGCAGGGCUUCAGAGACUUGACUGCGCUCAUCACUCAGCGGGGCUUUCGGGAAAUGCAGAUUCUGAUUCCGCGUAUCCAGGACUGGUUCCAAGACUGCGUUUCUAACGGGCCCCCAGGUGACGGUGCGGAUUCUGGUCAGGGGACCAGACUUUGAGUAGCAGGAAUCCAAAAUGAUCUGCCACGGGUUCUGGGUUCUAGGUGCCAGAUUCUAAAUAAUAAUAAUACAAUAACGAUGACAACAACAACAACAUGUUUAUAUGGUGCUUACUAUGUGCCAGGCAU